AUGCGAUCCGCUCUGCUGUUCGAACAGAAAGUCGAGGAGAUGAAGCCCAGCAAGAGUGACAUCAACUGGGUCAUCAUGGACUAUCUCGUCUCCGAGGGAUAUCCAGGAGCUGCUGCAAAGUUUGCCCAGGAGACAAAUAUCUCUCAGCCCUUCGACACUGAUGGCAUUCGAGAUCGCGUUCAGAUCCGCAGCGCUAUCCACGCUGGGAAGAUCGACGAAGCGAUUGAUCUGAUCAACGAGCUUGAUCCACAGAUACUCGACACCGACCACAUCCUCCACUUCGAUCUCCUUCAGCUCCAAUUGAUCGAGAUCAUCCGAUCGAUCCUGAACAAGCCCGACGGCGGCAAUCCACAAUCAAGCGAGUUUCGCCCCGCGCUUGAGUUUGCCACGGAGCAGCUCUCGCCCCGUGCGCCGACCGACCAGAAAUAUCAGCAAGCUUUGGAGCGGACAAUGGCAUUGAUGAUCUUCCCGCCGGACAAGAUGACGGCGGAGUUCAAGGUGUUGCUCGACUUGAAGCUGCGCGAGACCGUUGCCGACAGCGUCAAUGAAGCCAUCUUGAACAGCAAAGGUCAGCGACCCGAAGCAAAGAUUCGUCAACUGGUCCGCGCGAGAGCCUGGGCUGAGAUGCAAGCACGGGAGGCCAAGGUUCAGCUGCCGGAGACUCUUCCGAUCGGGCUGGAUGGUCCGGUUGACGGCGAUCCAAUGGUCACUUGA